ACUAAAUCUUUUCCUCCUACGGUGCGCCUCCUUAUCCUACUCUCCCUCGCUCUGGUCCCUUGGAUCUCUCCAGGAAAUUUUGGAGGUGAAACACAAAGUCUAAGUCAAAAUGGUGAAGUUCACUGCAGAUGAGCUCCGUAGAAUCAUGGACUAUAAACACAACAUCCGUAAUAUGUCUGUCAUUGCCCAUGUCGACCAUGGGAAAUCUACUCUCACCGACUCUCUUGUGGCUGCUGCUGGUAUCAUUGCUCAAGAAGUUGCUGGUGAUGUGCGUAUGACUGAUACCCGGGCUGAUGAGGCGGAACGGGGUAUCACAAUCAAGUCGACUGGUAUCUCACUCUACUACGAGAUGGAUGAUGCUUCUCUGAAGAGUUACACGGGAGCGAGAGAUGGGAACGAGUACCUGAUCAACCUUAUCGACUCUCCUGGGCAUGUUGACUUUUCAUCCGAGGUCACAGCUGCAUUGCGUAUCACUGAUGGUGCUCUUGUGGUGGUCGACUGUAUCGAGGGUGUCUGUGUUCAGACCGAGACUGUCCUCCGACAAGCUCUUGGUGAAAGGAUUAGGCCUGUCCUGACCGUUAACAAGAUGGACAGGUGUUUCUUGGAGCUCCAGGUUGAAGGUGAGGAGGCUUACCAGACUUUCCAGAGGGUGAUUGAGAAUGCUAAUGUCAUCAUGGCUACCUAUGAGGAUCCUCUCCUCGGUGAUGUUCAGGUUUAUCCUGAAAAGGGGACAGUUGCAUUCUCUGCCGGUCUGCACGGGUGGGCAUUCACUCUGACCAACUUUGCGAAGAUGUAUGCCUCCAAAUUCGGGGUUGACGAAAACAAAAUGAUGGAGAGGCUUUGGGGCGAGAAUUUCUUUGACCCUGCCACCAAGAAGUGGACCACCAAGAACACUGGGUCCCCGACCUGCAAGCGUGGAUUUGUUCAGUUCUGUUAUGAACCCAUCAAGCAAAUCAUCUCCACUUGCAUGAAUGAUCAGAAGGACAAGCUCUGGCCCAUGUUGCAGAAACUCGGUGUCACGAUGAAAUCUGAUGAGAAAGAGCUGAUGGCUAAGCAUUUGAUGAAGCGUGUUAUGCAGACGUGGCUCCCAGCAAGUAAUGCCCUCCUAGAAAUGAUGAUCUUUCACCUUCCCUCCCCUGCCACGGCCCAAAAGUACCGUGUUGAGAACUUGUACGAGGGUCCGCUCGAUGAUCAGUAUGCUACUUCUAUCAGAAACUGUGAUCCCGAGGGCCCUCUCAUGCUAUACGUGUCUAAGAUGAUUCCCGCAUCUGACAAGGGUAGGUUCUUUGCCUUUGGUCGUGUCUUUUCCGGUAAGGUGUCUACUGGUAUGAAGGUCAGGAUCAUGGGUCCUAACUAUGUCCCUGGUGAGAAGAAGGAUCUGUAUGUAAAGAGUGUCCAGAGGACAGUUAUUUGGAUGGGAAAGAGGCAAGAAACCGUUGAGGAUGUUCCUUGUGGUAACACGGUCGCUAUGGUUGGACUUGAUCAGUUCAUAACCAAGAAUGCUACUUUGACGAACGAGAAGGAAGUGGAUGCCCACCCGAUCCGUGCCAUGAAGUUCUCUGUUUCCCCUGUUGUCCGUGUCGCGGUUCAGUGCAAGGUUGCAUCCGACCUUCCCAAGCUCGUCGAAGGCCUAAAGCGGCUCGCCAAGUCGGAUCCUAUGGUUGUCUGCUCAAUGGAAGAAUCUGGAGAACACAUUGUUGCUGGUGCUGGAGAACUCCACCUCGAGAUCUGUCUUAAGGAUCUUCAGGAUGAUUUCAUGGGCGGGGCCGAGAUCAUCAAGUCAGACCCUGUCGUCUCGUUCCGUGAGACUGUCCUCGACAGAUCAUGCCGUACUGUUAUGAGCAAGUCCCCGAACAAGCACAACCGUCUCUACAUGGAAGCCAGACCCAUGGAGGAAGGUCUUGCCGAAGCCAUCGACGACGGCCGGAUCGGUCCAAGGGAUGAUCCCAAGGUCAGGUCCAAGAUCUUGUCGGAGGAAUUUGGCUGGGACAAGGAUCUCGCCAAGAAAAUCUGGGCAUUCGGACCAGAAACCACUGGUCCCAACAUGGUGGUUGACAUGUGCAAGGGAGUGCAGUACCUGAACGAGAUCAAGGACUCGGUUGUGGCUGGAUUCCAGUGGGCGUCAAAGGAAGGCCCGAUGGCAGAAGAAAACAUGAGGGGGAUCUGCUUCGAGGUAUGUGACGUCGUCCUCCAUGCAGACGCCAUCCACAGAGGAGGCGGUCAGGUUAUCCCGACGGCAAGACGGGUCAUAUAUGCGUCACAGCUGACGGCCAAGCCGAGGCUGCUCGAGCCGGUCUACCUUGUCGAGAUUCAAGCGCCAGAGCAGGCGCUCGGAGGAAUAUACAGUGUGCUGAACCAGAAGAGAGGGCACGUGUUUGAAGAGAUGCAGAGGCCGGGAACACCGCUUUACAACAUAAAGGCGUACCUGCCGGUGGUAGAGUCGUUUGGGUUUUCGAGUCAGCUGAGGGCGGCUACGUCCGGACAGGCCUUCCCGCAAUGUGUGUUCGACCACUGGGACAUGAUGGCGUCCGAUCCGUUGGAGGCGGGGUCUCAGGCUUCGGCUCUGGUCGCUGACAUCAGGAAGAGGAAGGGAUUGAAGGAGCAGAUGACUCCUCUCUCCGAGUUCGAGGACAAGCUGUAAGCAAAACAACUGCUUCCCUCUCUCUCCUGUUUUGUCUUAUUUGUAGUUUCCUUUCUGGUUUCGAUGUGUCCGUCGAACGGUUUAGGUUUUUUAUUUGGUAUGUCCCACCAUUGUGUUGUUGGUAACUUAUUUUAUGGACAAGGGGCGUUUUCCUCGUCUCUUUGUCCUCUGAGUUUGCGCUUUGAGAAACAGCUUUAAUUAUUCAUGUGCUCUUUUUUUUUUUAAAUGAAUUUUUUCCCGA